AUGGCUGCCGCCGGAUUCCGCACCGUGUUUGACGUGUCGGGACUGGCGCGACCGAACUGGUUCCCGGGCCACAUGGCGCGCGGCAUGCGUGAGAUUGCGCGCAACCUGCAGCACAUUGACUAUGUGAUUGAGGUCCACGACGCUCGGGUUCCCGUCUCGGGUCGCAACCCACUGCUCCAGGCGCUGCAAAAGCCAUCCACGCUUCUGUUGAACAAGAUGGAUCUCGGCGAUCCGGCCGUCAACAAGAUAGCGAAGGCUCGAUUGCAUGAAAUCAAUCCACGUCACAACGUCGUGUUGACAAGCGCAACGCUGCGGCUGGAGCGCGCACUCACGCUCGUCGUCGACCACAUUUUGGCAAACGUGCCGGCCGAGCGCGCAGACAAGGACGGCGAGGGCAUUCACGCAAUGAUUGUGGGCAUGCCGAACGUGGGCAAAUCGUCCACCAUCAACGCGCUGCGCAGAUUGCUCACGGGCGAAGGUGCACGCGCCAAGGUUGGCCCCAUCCCCGGCAUCACACGCGCCGUCAUGCAGCCGCUGCACAUUUCGCGUGAUCCAAAGAUUAUGCUGAUUGACACACCCGGUAUCAUGGCACCACACAUUCCAAACGUCGAGGUCGGGCUCAAACUCGCCGCGGUCGGCACAUUUAUCGAUCACCAGGUCGGAGAGGCGUUGAUCGCCGACUACAUCCUGUUCAGCCUCAACCUGCGCCGCAAGUUUGACUAUGUCAAGCGGUACAACAUGGACCAGCCGUGCGAUGACAUUAACGUCUUCCUGUCUGCACUUGCCCAGCACUCUGGACUCGUGCUCAAGGGAGGCUUGCUAAACACGACUCUAGCAGCUGCGCGAUUCAUCAAGGACUACCGAGAGGGAGCGCUCGGGCGCUUGACACUCGACGAUGCUAUUGUCGAAGGAGGACUUCCUGCUAUUGUCGCCGCACAAACCGCUCAAGCAAGCAGUCCAAAGGCGAGCGAGCAGGCGCGUCUUCCUCCGCUGGACGAAGCAAACUGGAAUCCUGUCGACGCCUUCGAUCGGUUACGGGCAGAAGAAAAGCGCCUCCGGGGCUUCAAGCGAAGGCGAUGA